AUGUCCCGACUUUGCAAGAAAAAACCGUCGGUUUUCACAGACGAUCCGCUUGCGAACAGUCAAGUCUGUCAAAAGUUAACCCUGCUGGGACGCAUUGUCUCUUCAUCAUAUGGUCCACAUGGCGGAUUGAAGCAAGUCCACAACAAUGUCGGCGGACACGUUGUGACCACCUCCACGUCAUCGGUUUUACUUAAAGAAAUUCAAGUUUCUGAACCACUAUUAAAACUUAUAACAACUGCCAUCCUUAAUCACACAGAGCGUUUCAGCGAAUGUGGAUUGUUUGCAGCAAUCCUCUGCUUGGGACUCAUUAACAAUGCAAAGAGACUGGACCUCAGAACCAGCGUCGCAAUCAAAGUGUAUAAUCAUCUACUGGAAGCAUGUAACCGGUACCUUAGUGAGGACAAAUGUAUUUGCAAGGUCCAAAUUGAAUUCAGUAGUUGUCAAUUACUUGUCACUUUAGCCCAAACUGUAAUUACCAGCAAACCAGCCUGCAUGUUGACCUCGAAAGAGGCACAGUAUGUGAGCUCUCUGGUCGUCCAGUCUUUCCUCCGAAGUGUUCCUUGUGACUCUCCAGGAAAAGUGUGUUUCGGUAGAACUGUUAUAUUAUCCAUUGAGGGCGAGUCAGUGGAAGAUUCUGCAGUUUUCCCAGGUUUGCUGGUGGAAAUGCCAGAAAUGCUUCGUUCUGCUGAGUUGGAGAGAUAUGGGCCUGGUCUGUAUAAGUUAGUACUGUUCAGUACUUCACUGGCAGGGGAUCUGUCUGAGAUUGGAGAAGCAACUAUAGAAAUUCAUGCAGGAGUUAACCCAGAGGGCAUGGUGCUGGACCAACUUCUGAAACUUGGGGAACAGACGGUCAGAGAUGAAGUGAGUGUGUUUGCAUGUCAGAAAGUUAUCCAUCCCGUCUUACAGCAAUACCUGAGGGAACAUGGAGUUGUGGUGAUAGAGAGGCUUGGACGUGCUCUCAUGGAACCAGUCUGCCAGCUCACAGGUGCACAGGAAGUAGCCUCACUGUACUCCCCAGUCCCACCCGAAGCAUAUGGGCAGAUCAGAGGACUCUGUGUCAGGAGGUGUGGAUCCAGAGAGCUGCUCCAUCUGCUCCCCUCUGGUGACCAGGCAGUGUCAACCAUGCUGCUCUGCCACAGGAAUGAAACAGUGCUUGAUGAAUUGAAGGUGGUGUGUAAGAAGGCUGAGCAUGUGCUGAGGCUGACACUAAAGGAUCCUUGGGCUCUGUUAGGAGGAGGCUGCACAGAGACACUCCUGGCUGCUUACAUCAGACACACAAGCCAGGGUACACAUCCUGAUGUAUUGUCAGCUAUGGGCAUCUCUCGCUCAGAGUUGCUGCUGGGCGUGGAUGCGUUCUGCCGUUCUCUGGAGUCGGUGGCUCUCUCUCUACGACAGCAUGGACAGGACUGUCUCAUUGACCUUUCUCAUGCUCACAACUGGCUCUCCCACUUAGACACUCAGGGUAGCGGUCCCGUUUCCUGCGGCUGUGGCCUUAUAGAGAUCAAGUCGGAUAUGAAUUGGACACCUUUAAACACAGGUUAUGAUCCUUUUCUGCCCGCUCCCAUUACAAACUCGACAUCUCAGCCACGGGUGUUAGACUCUUUCUCAGCAAAAGUCAAUGCGUUGAAUGUUGCCGUGGAAAUAGCCAACCUUAUUUUGGAUGUGAAGUGUAUCAUAAGAGAUGUUAAUUAA